GAUAUUAUCAUUGCUCUCCUCUCUUCUCAUAACUUCAUCAACUCGAAAGAUGUCCUUAGUCCGCCCCUUGUUCGUGGUCGCCGGUAUCGGCAAUGGCACCGGCACCGGAGCUGCAACCGCCCGUCUCUUCGCCAAAUCUGGCUACAGGGUCGCUCUUAUCUCUCGAGGACCAGAUUACCUCAAUAAACUCGCUACAGAGAUCAGCCAAGCAGGCGGAGAGGCUGCAGCAUUCCCUCUCAAUGACUACACCACCGCAUCUAUCAAGUCAGCAUUCGUUGCCCUCAAGUCUCACUGGCCAUCAUCCCCUCUCCGCGUCGCAGUCUUCAACGCGGGCUACGGCGUCUGGAAGCCAUUCCUUGAUAUCACGGAAGACGAAGUUCGUGAGUCAAUCGACACUAACAUUCUAGCGGCUCUUGCCUUUGCACGCGAGGCCCUUCUUGAGUUCACAAAGCUCGAGCUUGAGACCGCGAAUGAGGGCGGAGUUGCUGGCAAUGCUCGUAAAAGGGGCACCCUUAUUUUCACCGGCGCAACGGCUUCUGUUCGAGGCAACGUCCUGACCUCUGCAUUUUCUGCGAGCAAAUUUGGGAUAAGGGCUUUGUCGCAGAGCUUAGCUAAGGAGUUCGCCAAGAAGAAUAUACAUGUGGCUCAGAGUAUUAUUGAUGGCACCAUCAUCACUGACCGCACUAAAUCUCGCCACAACAACCCUUCUUGGGAGGCUGAUCAGGAUGUUCGACUUGAUCCUGAUUCUAUUGCCAAGUCGUACUUGCACCUCGUCGAACAAGAUAGUUCAGCCUGGACUUGGGAAAUUGACCUGCGUCCUGCUCACGAAAAGUGGUGAGCAACUCGACCACCAAGUUUUGGUUUGGAGUCAAAGCGCAAUCUGCAUUUGUAAGUCUUGCUAUGUAUGUAGUUAUGUUGUUGAUGUCUAUAUGCGCCUUGUUUUCAUUUUUCACGUCCUGUUGUUCUUUCGCUCCUCAAAAACAUCUUUCACCUGCAGUAUUUUCAAUCAAUCGUGUGAAUCUCUCGUUCGUGUUGAAGCUUUUGACUUGGUAAGCGUACGUGUCCUUGCUUUCAACUACUAUCUCUGGCCCGGUGUUGCAAAUCGCGAUGUAGCACACUCAUAUUUCACUCAUUUCCUUUGCACAUUGAUUCUAGAGGAUGAUUGAUUCAUAGCUUACUAUUUGUAUUUUUUAUUCCACCAAAAAUGGAC